AUGAGUCGAAGAAGUCCAAAGCUGGAGCUGAAGCUGAAUCUUUCUCCGCCUACGUCAAGCCAGAGGAGGAUGGUACGAUCUCCAAGCCGCUCUGCGACGACUUCACCGACGUCACCGCCUAGCUCGUGCGUCUCGUCGGAGAUGAACCAGGACGAGCCGUCUGUGAGAUACUCGACAAGUCCAGAGACAACCUCGAUGGUUCUUGUCGGAUGUCCUCGCUGUCUCAUGUACGUUAUGCUCUCAGAAGACGACCCAAAAUGCCCUAAAUGCAAAAGCACCGUUCUUCUUGAUUUCCUCCAUGAAAACGCCUCAAACGCCAACGCAAACGCAAACGCUCCACCCGCUGCUUCUUCUGCUUCUUCUGGUCGCAAGACUCGGAGGAACUGA